UCGAGCUCGGAGGGCAGAAUGAAUGCCUCUUUCCUGGUUACAGAAGAGCGAAAGGUUCAUCCUCAGCACAAAUCUCUGCUCAAAAACCCCCAGACUGUGGCCACUUCCCCAUCCCCUAAGGAGGACAGUGCCCGUUUUGAGUCUCCCUGUUUGACAGCUUCUGCAGAUGACGGUGCUGCUCAGGGCAGCAGAAGAAACCAUUCUUGGAAUUUCUUCCCACUAGAGACAUUCAUGAUGCCCAUUGAUGUGGAAAAGGAAAAUGUCCACUUUUAUGCUGCAGACAUGAUAAUCUCCACAAUGGAGAAUAUGAAAUGCAACCUCCUGAGUCAACAGCAACCAGAAAUCUGGGGCACAGAGGAAGCCAGCGGGUCUCGUGGAAAUGGUCAGACCAAUGCUGAAGUGACCUUGUAUACCCCCACCAAGCAGGAGCCAGGGUCCUCCACUUCUUCAGACAGUGGCUAUGAAGAACUUGGGGAAUAUAAUGACGUCACAGAAGGCAGCAGACGCCCCUGCAGCUCUUUAAAGAGUGCAACGUGUGAGUCAGACGUCAGUCCUGCUGGGCUGUUAGCCAGAGAGUUGCUUCGAGGGUUCUGGAAGUGGCAGGUGCUGUCGGACGUCAAUUCCCCGAUGCCAGGCUCCCUGACAGCAGCCAGCUCAGGAGCUGGGAAUGAAGAGAAUGCUGGGGAAGACUUUGACUCCAGUGUGGACGCAACACAGGAAAUCACGCUCAAGUCUAAGGUCCCAGGAGCUGAAGACUGGGUACCUUCUCGAUUUCAAAUCAUACUUACUGUUCACACGCCAAUCAAGAGGGACAUAGCGGUAGUGGCCCAGAAUUUCUUCUGUGCUGGAUGUGGGUCUCCAAUACAGCCCAAGUUUGUGAAACGGCUCCGGUAUUGUGAGUAUACGGGGAAGUACUUCUGUGACAGCUGCCACUCAUCUGCAGAGUCCUGCAUCCCUGCAAGGAUCCUGAUGAUGUGGGACUUCAGGAGGUACCAAGUCAGCAAUUUCUCUAAAUGGCUACUGGACAGCAUAUGGCACCAACCUGUCUUCAACCUGCUAGGCGGACACCACGAGCUCUAUGCGAAAGCCAAGGAACUGGACAGAGUGAAGGACAUCCAGGAGCAACUGUUUCAUAUCAAGAAGCUGCUGAAGACUUGCAGGUUUGCUGACAGUGUCCUGAAGGAGUUCGAGCAGGCUCCCAGCCAUUUGACCGACGAAUGUCAUCUGUUCUCCAUGGAAGACCUCCUCAGGACCAAGAAAGGACUGUUGGCACCCUUGCUUAAGGACAUCCUGAAGUCUUCUCUUGCCCAUGUGGCCAGCUGUGAGCUCUGCCAGGGGAAGGGCUUCAUCUGUGAGUUUUGCCAGAGCACGGCCGUCAUCUUCCCGUUUCAGACCACGACUUGCACAAGAUGUUCAGGGUGCAGGGCUUGCUUUCACAAAGAGUGUUUCCAGUCUUCGAGAUGCCCCCGCUGUGCCAGGAUCACAGCCCGGAGACAACAUUUGGAGAGGUUGCCCUCUGCAGGGACAUGAUGGCCCCGGAGCUUUUGUUUGUUCGAAGCACUUUAUGAUGAUACCAAACUGUGUCAAUUGUGUCUGCUCCUAGUAACAUUGUUUCAGAUACUAAGUAUUUUUAUAGUAAGAAAAAGAUGACUCAAAUUCCCCUCUCUUGUAUAUAUUUAAUGUUCUCAAGGAGUAUGGAAGUUUUGUUACUAGGCGUUAAGUUUCUUGCUAAGAUUUUGUUUACAAAUGUUUGACUUUUUUUUUUUCUUUUUGCUGCUACUGGCUGUCUUUAAAGAAUUCUUUUUACAUUUAAGUUGUAGCGGGACAGCUGUUUUUAGCUAAACACAGUAGUAUUUUUUUAGGAACUGUAACUGACAAGGCGAAGCACUGGUUCCUCUUCCUUCAAAGUUGCUUGUGGAAUGGAUUGGCGCAGUUUAAGGGAACAGAGUGUAAUGAGAAUUCUGUUUGGCCAAGCUUUUGUUCCUUCAAGAAAAAGACUCCUCUGGAAUGUUAGUU